AUGGAGGGAGGGAAUUUCGGCUAUUCCCGAGACUAUUUGGACCGCUUCAUCCAAAGCCAAGACUCAUCUGUGGUGAAUAAGUUCCAGCAGAAGUACUGGAAAACCAAGCAGACGCUCAUCAAAGUCACCGGGAAGAAAGAGGACGAACAUGUCGUGGCGUCGGACGCGGAUCUGGAUGGAAAACUGGAGGUCUUUCACUCCAUCCAGAGGACGUGCAUGGAGCUGCUGAAGGUUAUCGAGCAGUACCAGAGGAGGAUCUGCCUUCUUUCCCAAGAGGAGAACGAGCUGGGCCGUUUCCUGCGCUCGCAGGGCUCGCAGGAUAAAACACGGGCUGGAAAGAUCAUGCAGGCCACUGGGAAAGCACUCUGCUUCUCCUCCCAGCAGAGAAUGGCUCUGAGGAACCCUCUGUGCCGUUUGUACCAGGAGGUGGAAACGUUUCGCUACCGAGCUAUCUCAGACACAUGGCUAACGGUGAACCGGAUGGAACAAUCCAGGACUGAAUACCGCGGAGCGCUUCUUUGGAUGAAGGAUGUAUCCCAGGAGCUGGAUCCAGAUACACAUAAACAGAUGGAGAAAUUUCGCAAGGUUCAAGCCCAGGUACGCUCUACCAAAACAAGCUUUGACAAACUGAAGAACGACGUCUGCCAGAAAGUUGACCUGCUGGGAGCCAGUCGCUGCAACCUCCUCUCUCAUGUUUUAACCACAUACCAGACAACACUUUUGCACUUCUGGGAGAAGACGUCCCACACUAUGGCGGCCAUUCACGAGAGCUUCAAGGGCUGUCAGCAUUAUGAGUUUUCCACACUUAAGACAUUACAAGAUCCGAUGGACAAGCUCUCUAAGAAGAAGGCGAAGAAGAAAAUUAAAGCAGAAGCAAAAGAUGGAAAGAAAGCCGAGGCCACAGAUGACCAACUCAUCUCACUAGUAAAUGAAAACUCCAGCGAUAAGACCAGAGAAGUAGAUUUUCUGGGUAUCUCAGAACCAGACUGUGAGAAGGACAGCACGGCGUUACUGAAUGAGAUCCUGGGCGGUUUGUCUGUGGAUGAGGGCGACUUCUCUCGGGAGUGGACUGAAGUGUUUGGAGAGGCUGAGGAAGGAACGAGCGCAGCAUCUUCUGGACCAAUGGAGACCCAGCAAAAGGAAAACUCCUUCUUUCUACCAUCUCAGCUGUUGGACCAGAGCUUAAAUAAUCUGCAGUCUUCCCUCUCAGAUUGGAGCAGGAUCGUUCCACAGCCCGUCGCUCCGGCAACAGAGCACUCAUCUGGAGCCAAUCAGAACCCUUCGAAGCCAGCAGUGAAAGAGACGACAGGGACGUCCAAAGACCUCUCUGCGUGGUUCAACCUGUUUGCAGACUUGGACCCUCUCUCCAAUCCUGAUGCGGUCGGCAAAACUGACGCAGAGCACGAACUUCAAAACGCGUAG